CGCCUGGGCCGCUUCCUCUGGUCGCUGCCGGCCUGCGACCACCUGCACAAGAACGAGAGCGUCCUCAAGGCCAAAGCGGUGGUGGCCUUCCACCGAGGCAAUUUCCGCGAGCUCUACAAGAUCCUGGAGAGCCACCAGUUCUCGCCCCACAACCACCCCAAGCUGCAGCAGCUCUGGCUCAAGGCGCACUACAUGGAAGCCGAGAAGCUGCGCGGGCGGCCGCUGGGAGCCGUGGGCAAAUACCGGGUGCGCCGAAAGUUCCCCUUGCCCCGCACCAUCUGGGACGGCGAGGAGACGAGCUACUGCUUCAAGGAGAAGUCGCGGGGAGUGCUGCGGGAGUGGUACGCGCACAAUCCCUACCCCUCGCCCCGCGAGAAGCGGGAGCUGGCCGAGGCCACCGGGCUCACCACCACGCAGGUCAGCAACUGGUUCAAGAACCGGCGGCAGCGGGACCGGGCGGCGGAGGCCAAGGAGAGGUACGUGCCUUCCCCUCCCGCUUUCCUCCCUUUUUUCCCCCGGCCCCGCGCGGACAGCCGUCCCGAUCCCCCCGACGCCCCGUUCCGCGUUGCGCUCUCCGCCGGACGCGCGGCACCGGAGCUCCGAGCCGCCGCUCCCGCCGGACGGUCCCGACCCGUUCCCACCUGCCCGUGGGCACCGACCCCC